UCGGACUGUCAUCUUUUGCCGCCAUUUUCAAAACUCCGGAAGCCGGCGCCGGAAGUGUACCCCCGUCAAACCCGUCCCCCGUGGGAACUAAAGACUCCGAACUAAGGUUCCGCAUAUUAAACUUCUAUAAACGGAGGUGUACAAAGGUGGCGGCCAAAUGCGCAUGCGCGCUGUGGCAUUGGGCAUCCAUGGAUUGGAGCGGGGGCUAUGUGGACUGUCACUGUCAUCUGUCUGCGGCAGAGUUCACCCAUGACAUUGAUAAUGUCUUGGAUGAAGCCAAAGCGAUCGGUGUCCGGGCCCUUGUGGCUGUUGCGGAACAUUCAGGAGAGUUUGAGAAAGUAAUUAAGCUUUCUAAGCGGUAUCCACAGCUGGUGUUCCCAUGUUUAGGGGUGCACCCCGUCCAAGCAUCACAGCCAGAUCAGCAACGCAGCGCAACUCUUAAGGAUCUAGAAGACGCUCUGCCUUUAAUAGAACAAUACAAAGAUGACUUGUUGGCUAUCGGAGAGGUGGGAUUGGAUUUUACCCCCCGUAUAGCAAACACAGACGACCAGAAAGAAGAGCAGCGUCAGGUGUUUAUCAGACAGAUUCAACUGGCCAAGCGGCUCGGUCUGCCCCUAAAUGUUCACUCCCGUUCAGCUGGAAGACCAACUAUUAACCUCCUCAAGGAACAAGGUGCUGAACAUGUCCUUCUUCAUGCAUUUGAUGGGAAGCCAUCAGUAGCCAUGGAAGGUGUCAAAGCUGGAUUCUUCUUUUCCAUCCCACCUUCUAUCAUCAGAAGUGAACAGAAGCAGAAACUAGUGAAGCAGCUUCCUCUGGAGAACAUAUGUCUGGAAACAGAUUCCCCUGCCCUAGGACCAGAGAAGCAGAUUAGAAAUGAACCAAAGAACAUAACCUACGCCGCAGAAUACAUCGCCUCGGUCAAAGGAAUCUCAUUGGAAGAAGUUAUUCAAGUUACUACUAAGAACGCCGUAAGACUGUUCCCCCGACUGCUGCAAGUUCCAGCACAAUCAGCAUAUCUUCAAUCUCAAAUCAUCUAGGCCAAAGCCUAAAGGACUAGCAGCCACUAAAGCCGUGAGUUAUAAAGCUCAAUCCUACAAAUCCUGUGUGACUACUAUUCUACUCAAAUCUUAUAAUUAGUAGCACAGUGGCCUGCUGAAAGCUCAAGACUAUUAGUCCCAGCAAAGCCUGUGAGGAACCUACAUCCCGGUUACCGCAAGAGAAACUGUACAAUUGUAAAGACUGUUGCAUAAAGUUCAAGUAAAAGUUUCUUGUUCUCUCAUAAAAUCUGCUGUGGACAUUCAGUUUAUUAUCCCUGACGUUUGUGGGCCGGUUGGCGACAGGAUCUCCAAUACUAAGCAAACCUUACCCUGGCGUCACGAAAAGUAAGGGUUAAUACCACCAGACCCUUCAUUCAUCAUUGCAACACCCCAGAGAGGGCAAAGCUAGGCUGAUGUUGGGGCCCACUGCUCUCCAGAGGCACACUGAUGCCCACCCUCACUACAUAGUCUCAUCACAAUUGGCAGCUGCAUGUCCUUAAAG